AUGGCCUCAGACAAAUACAGAGCCUACCUAAAUGAAGAUGAUGAUGUAAAGAACACUAAUUGGAGAUUUGGCUCUCCUCCAAACUAUGAUGUUGUCAACAAACUCUUUGAAGAAGGCAGAACCAAGAUAUGGGCACCUGGUUCACUAGAGGAAAAGGUGCAAAACAUAGUCAAGACAUGGGAAAUGGAGAUGUUCCACAAAGUAGAUUUUGAUGAUCUUAAGUCUGUGGACCCUGUCAAGUACAAGUUCAGCCUUAAUGGUAGAAAACUACUAUCUUUAGAAGAGAAAAGAAAAGUUGGAGGAGGCUACAACUCCUUGCUGCAAACUUCGUUGCCGGAAAAAUUUAGAUGCUUCAACCCCGACGAGGAGACAGUCGACUCGGCCCACCGUGCUUUCAUGACGGCUUUUCCGAGAGGGUUCGCGCUGGAGAUUGUCGAGGUCUACACGGGCCCACCGGUGAUCGUCUACAAGUUCAGGCAUUGGGGCUUUAUGGAAGGUCCUUUCAAGGGGCAUUUACCAACCGGUGAAAUGGUCGAGUUCUUCGGUAUGGCCGUGUUUGAGGUGGACGAGAAUUCGAAGGUUGUGAAGGUCGAGUUCUUUUACGAUCGUGGUGAACUUUUAGGAGCUCUCGUGAAGGGCCCGACUAUCGAUCGUGAUGUUAAAACCACGAAUGACGAGUUGUCUUCUUCAAGCUGCCCGUUCUUGAGGAGCACUGGAUAA